AUUUUGAACGAGAAAGGCAAGAUGUCUACGGAAAGAAAGAUUGCUUAUGUUUAUUCGGACGAGUUUAUUCAUUAUUGCAACCAAUUACCAAAGGUUAAACAACGGGUACGUGGUACCAAGAUAGAUAACUCGCAUUUUUGAUAUUUUAAAUGAGCUAAUAAUGUGAUGCAAUGCUAAAAUACAAGCCGUUUUGUCUGUGUUUUUUAGAUGUCAGCGCUGUUAAGUGGCGUUAACUUUACCACCUGCUUAUUGUUGUUACCUUGCCUUUUCUUUCUAGCUUUCCAACUUAGAUCGUGCACUAAUGUUUUAUACAUGUAUUACUUGGCAUUACUGGAUAUUUAAACGUCAAUCUUUUCAUUUAAGGCAAGCCUUGUUCAUUCUUUAAUAGAAGCAUAUGGCUUAUUGAAUUUAAAUAAUAUCAGGUAAUUUAAACUAUUUGUUUUAGUUUAUAAUUGUGACUUAUGCACAGUUAAAAUAUGAGAUUUAAAACAUACAUUAUGGCAGGCUGCCAAGCCAUAUGUAAAAGCAACCGUGUUGGUUAGGGUCAAUGGUAGGUAACCUUAAGCCCUAACCCGCUGAGCCAUUCCAAUUAAUGUCCCCUCCCUAUGGACGAGAAUUUCUCAGAGGGUUAAAAAAAGCCAUUUCUGAGGAGUUAUGGCCAUUGGCAUCCUUUCAUAGCGGGAUAUUUUUUCUGAGGGAUAAAGCAAAAAUUUACAAAUUUCUGAGGGGGUAUGUGCGUCGGCCCUUUGAUAUUUUUUCUUGGGGGUUCAAAUUUUACUGAACGGGGUGGGGGGGGGAUUUUUUUUUAAUGGCCCACUGAAUAUGCAUGUAAUAAAUGGGUAUAACUGGUGAGCCAAUUGCCACUGUGGACAGUUUGAAUCACAAAACCAAUAUUCAAAUUUCAAGUAUUGUCCAACCUGAAGCUGCUACGUUCAAAGAGCUGGCAAAGUUUCAUUCCAAAGACUACAUCACAUGUCUACAGAAAGCUGACGAUUGUGAUGAGCAUGACGUAGAAGAGUCCCUUGAGGAAUUUGGUAUAGGUAUGUAUGAAAUGAUUUUGAGCCAUUUGUACACCAUAGCUAGGUGGAAACUAAGCGAUAUCAUGCAGCAUACGGUGGACAACCAUAUGGGGUGUGCACCACCAAAAAUAUUGUUCACCCCCUCAGAAAGCCCCCCCCCCACCUACAGAAAUUUGCAACCCCACCCCCUGCAGAAAUUUAAAGACCCUCAGAUGCCUCCUGCAGCUUCCUUGUUGGUGCUAUGCACCCCCAGCCUAGCUCCCCUCCUCCCCCUCCAUUUUUGGCACCCCCCAGAGCAAAAUCUGUCUCUAUGGCCAACCUCAUAAAUGUUAAUACUACAUAGUAUCCAUACUCAUAACUUUAACAUAAUACCGGUAUUUCCAAUUGCUGACUGACACUCAGGCUAUGCUUUAUCAUAUAGUUAGGCGUAAAAAAAAACCCUGUGGUUCCGGUUCCUGACCGACCCUAUUUUUUCUGCCGACCCUAUUAUUUUUUCAAUGCGAUUGACUGUGCGACCCUAUUUUCUCCGGGUGGUUUUGGGCUGCUGCCAAAAUGGCGUCUGUUGUCACAUUAAUUAUAUUGAAAAAACCAUGAAAAAAAUAUUAAAAAAAAAACUAUGUCCGACCUACCGACCCUUUUUUUACGCCUUUUAAUGUUAUUCCAGGUUAUGAUUGUCCAGCAUUUGAAGAUUUCUACAAAUGUCUUACAAUGGUUGCAGGAGGCACAUUGAAAGCUGUUGAAUGUUUGGACAAUAAGUCGCAUUCGAUUGCUAUUAACUGGUGUGGAGGCUGGCAUCAUGCACACAGGUAAUACAUCACAUGCAAAUAAUAUUGAACGAUCUGUGCCAGUGUAGCUUGUGCCAAUAAUAAGAAAAAUUUGGAUUGAUGGGGAUAGGCUUUUUGCCAGAAGGGCAUCCAGGCGUCCUGGGACAUCCCUAGAACAAAAAAUGGACACCCAUUCUGGGGGAAAAGGGAAAUUAUUUUCAAUUAUUUCCCUAAGUAAAUUAAUAUAUCUGAAACGAAAUAGCUUCAAUAAUUCAUUAUUAUUAUACAUUUGACAUUUUGAUCAAUAUUUUGAUGGUUAUAUACCUGGCUGAAUGAAAAUGUCGUACAUGUAGUUUACUUAAAAGUAAAGAAGCAUAGCGGCACAAACUCACAAAGCCAAGUGUGUUUGAAAAAUUUCAAACAAGCUUGGAACAGAUACUGAUAUUAAGUAAUGUAAACUUCAAAGGUUUUCCAGAGGAACAUUUUCUCAAACCCCCCCCCCCCCCGCUAAAAGCCUGGAUGGGGAUAUAACUAUCUGAAAAAUACAAGGAGAACUUCAACGUUUUGUGCAAAGACACUUCGUCGGACCUUUGCUUGAAAUGUUAAAGUUAUAUAUUUGUAUCGAAGGAACUAGACUCAGUUCCGAAAUAUCACAUUUCUAAUUGUUUCUAAUUCAAUUUGAUAGGUACAGGGUCAUGUUUCGAAGUUGGAGAAGGCAAGGGCAAAAACCACAGUCUCAAUAUUCCCUUAUUGGAUGGAGUGAAUGAUAAACUAUUUGCUGAACUUGUAAAAUUGUAAGAAAUUAAUUGGCAUUUUAACUAUUCAAUAAGCUAAAGAAAGUAACUUGCUUUUAUUGUUAUGACAUAUCUUGAUUCUCUCUUUAGAGUGGUCAAGGAGGUCAACAGUUAUUUCCAACCUGAUGCAAUUGUAUGUCAAUGUGGUGUUGAUGGCCUGGCUGGUGAUCCAAUGAAUUCUUUCAAUCUCACACAAUAUGGUCUAGGAGCUUCUGUUCACUAUAUUUCAUCACUUGAGAAACCACUUUUGUUGCUGGGUGGAGGUAAGAAUGAUGACAUUGUCAGGAUACUGCAAAUAUCGAACCCUGAUUAUGGUUGUGCUUAGUGGAAUGUGCCAAAUAAAUUGACUAGAAUAGCAGACUUUAGCAGUAGGGGAACCAAGGGCAGUUUGAUAAAUUUGUGAUACCUGUAUGUAGCAAAACUAAUUACCUUUGAUGGAAACCCUAGGUGGUUAUAACUUUCCUAAUGCAGCAAGAUGUUGGACAUAUAUAACUGCCAUGGUACUUGGAAAGAAAUUACCUGAAGAUAUACCAGAUCAUGAGGUGUGUAUCUACGUUUCAUAUUUUGUAUUCCUUUUUGUUUUCAUAUGAUUGUAAUGCAUUAUUUCUCUGAUUUUUUUCAGUUCUUCCUCAAAUAUGGUCCUGAUUACAGCCUUGACAUCACACCUCUUCAUUACAGAGAAAACAAAAAUUCAGAUCGUUAUUUAAAGAGACUGUUGUCUGUUCUAAAAGGUGCAAUGA